UGUCAUCUGAGGACACGUGAGGUGGCUACACAUGUUCACGUUAUUCUCGCGCACAAGGAGUCCUGUGCGGUGUCAUUUAUUCAUCUUUUCACGAAAGCACCACGAAGACAUACUUGGCCCAACGAAAGGCUACUUUCCCCGCUGUCAUGACAGGGUUGAAAAAUGAAGUGAGGGGAAGGGGGAGGGGGUGGUUCGCCGGCUUCUUUUAACGCUUCGGAGUGCACCGAGUUCACGUGUCCGUAAAAGGCGGACCGACGAAGACACCUCUCCCGUCGCGAUCGCUCGCUUCCAUACAAACCGAGCUAUAUAGCCCCAUUGACUAACCCCCAACCCUCGACCCCCAAACAAGAGAUGUCUGCGUCUUUAAAGCGAAGCUCCGUUCGUGAAACGGGCCAUGAUGUCAGGCUGCCCCGUCAACUGCUCGCGUGAGCCGACUUCCACUUCCUGCGCAGGCGGCCAGGCAGCGGGCACUCGCCAGGCGAGCGUGGCCGAGGGAGGUGCGCGACGGACGUCUACGGAGGAGCAACAAGAACCGAUAGAGAGGACAGAAGGAAGGAAGAACCGGAGGGCGCUGCAUUUUUUAAUCUAACUUCAUUGGUCGUCGUCGCCGGCUGACAGUCCAUGGACUAGCCACAUAUAUUCGGAUUGCUCCCCUCACUGGCGCGUUCUGCGGUCCAUAGCAGAAGUCUCCUGGUCCAAAUAUGUCGCAGCUGCUCCACGUGGAGAUCCCGAAUUUUGGAGCCACGGUGCUGGGCUCACUGAAUGAGCAGCGUUUGUUGGGGCACUACUGCGAUGUCUCCAUCCUGGUCAAAGGCCAGGCCUUCAAAGCCCACCGGGCAGUGCUGGCUGCCAGCAGCCUGUACUUUCGCGACCUCUUCAGCACGUCCACCAAGACCCAGUUCGAGUUGCCCACCUCAGUCACGCCGGCAUGCUUUGAGCAGAUCCUCUCCUUCUGCUAUACGGGUAAGCUGACCAUGGCGGCGAGUGAGCAGCUGGUGGUCAUGUACACGGCGGGCUACCUGCAGAUCCAGCACAUCGUGGAGCGCGGCAUGGACCUGAUGUUCAAGGCCAACUCACCGCACUGCGAUUCACAGACGGCCGGCACCUUGGAGGAGACGGGCUCGGAGCCUCAGAGUCCGUGCAACAAUGGCAACGGCCUGGCGGUCGCCACUCUCUUGGCGAACCCCGGCUGGUCCCCGUCCCUUCUUAUGCCGCCCCGUAAGAUUAAGCUAGAAGGUGGUGAGCCCACCCCCCUCAGCAUCGCAACCACGCAAGGCAAAAUCUCCUCCUCUGAGCUGGGCAGUCGGCUGGCAAGGGCCAGUUCGCUCUUCUACACCACAGCCGGAGGCACCGCCAUCCCCGGUGUACCUCCUUACCACCUUCUGGGUGCCGGGGGAGGUGGGGCGGGGGGCGGCGCAACGGGUGAGCGUUCGAGUCCCGGUGAAUCCAGUUUACCCACCACCGACAGUCCCACGUCGUACCAGAAUGAGGAUGAGGAGUUUGAGGAAGAGCCCUAUGACGGAAUGGUGGAGGACAGCUUCAGUCACCUCUAUGCACGUCCAGGCAACCCCUAUGGCAUGCCGGACAAGCCUGAGAUGGCGGCCGUGCCACUGGCCUUGGAGAACCGCAACUGUGUACUGAUCCGUCGGGACCUGGUGGCUCUACCCGCCAGCCUCAUCAGCCAGAUUGGCUACCGAUGUCACCCCAAGCUCUACACCGAGGGAGACCCCGGGGAGAAGCUGGAACUGGUUGUUGGCACACAGGUGUUCAUGACUCGAGGUCAGCUGAUGAAUUGUCAUCUUUGCGCCGGAAUCAAACACAAAGUCUUGCUGCGGCGUCUCCUAGCGACAUUCUUUGAUCGAAACACUUUAGCGAACAGCUGCGGGACUGGUAUCCGCUCAUCCACCAGUGACCCGAGCAGGAAACCCCUGGACAGCAGGGUCCUCAACGCUGUCAAACUCUACUGUCAAAACUUCAACCCGAACUUCAAGGAGAGCGAAAUGAAUGUGAUUGCUGCUGACAUGUGCACCAAUGCGCGGCGCGUCCGCAAGCGCUGGCUGCCCAAAAUUAAGUCCAUGCUGCCCGACGGCAUGGAGGUGUACCGCGCCGGCAUGGCUAUGGGCGCCGCCGCCGCCGCCCCAGUGCCCGUGAGCCUCAACCUGGGCCUGGGCGCCAACCCGCCACAGGUGGCGCUCCCCUUCGAGGCCGACUUCAAGAGCUUCGAGCAGAGGCUGUAUCCCGAGCGCAAGGACCCCCUGAGGACUCACGCCACGCUAGCCGACGGCAGCCCGGGCUCGGCGGCGGCGGCUUCCGAGGCGGAAGGCGGAGGGGUCCAGGAAGAGCACGAGGAAGAUGAGGAGGACGCCGGCUUGGAGGCCGUCGACGCGUCCGCCAAUUUGAUCUCCAACGGCGGCGAGGCGUCCGCUUGUGGCGACGCGCCGACCGAGCAAGAAGCUUUCGGACAAGGUCUGAGAGUGAAUGGACAGUGAACGUCGUCUCGCAACGUGUCGUGAAGUUCCGCUUAACCUUUUGCUUGUUCUCCUCUGCCGUGUUUCUUCUUUUUCUGUGCUUCCUCGGCGGUGCCAAAAGCUUGUGAUCGUACACCGGGGGAAUUUGCCACACGUGUACACGCACAGAGGCACUUUUGUGCAGCGACCCCAUUGUUGACGUACAAAAAAAAAAAGCGCUCCGAGCAGACGCAGGCAUC